CGCGCGUGUCAGCGUCAGCUCGCGUGGAGCCCGGAAAAGGCGCGGACUGUGAGCUGGUACUACGCUGCGGUGCGGCGCCUCCGUACCCAUGGCGCUGUGGCGCGGCUCCGCCUGUGCGGGCUUCCUGGCGCUGGCCGUGGGCUGCAUCUUCCUGCUGGAGCCGGAGCUGCCGGGUUCGGCGCUGCGCUCCCUGUGGAGCUCGCUACGGCUGGGACCCGCGCCACCGGGACCACUGUCCCCCGAGAGCCGCCUAGCGGCCGCCUGGGACACCCUCAUCGUGCAGCCAGCCCGGCGCUGGCGCCGUGUGGCCGUAGGAGUCAAUGCGUGUGUUGAUGUGGUGCUCUCGGGAGUGAAGCUCCUGCAGGCCCUGGGCCUGAGUCCCAGGAGUGGGCGGGACCAUGCCAUUCUGCGCUCCAGGAAUGACCUGGAAGAAGCCUUCGUCCACUUCAUGCGACAAGGAGCAGCUGCUGAGCGCUUCUUCAGUGACGGGGAAACCUUUCAUGACAUUGCCCACGUCGCGUCUGAGCUGCCUGGAGCCCAGCACUAUGUAGGAGGAAAUGCAGCUUUAAUUGGACAGAAAUUUGCAGCCAACUCAGACUUGAAGGUUCUCCUUUGUGGUCCAGUUGGUCCAAAGCUCCACGAGCUUCUUGAUGACAAUGUAUUUGUCCCACCAGAGUCACUGCAGGAAGUGGAUGAGUUCCACCUCAUUCUGGAGUAUCAGGCAGGGGAGGAGUGGGGCCAGUUUAAAGCCCCCCAUGCCAACCGCUUCAUCUUCUCCCAUGACAUCUCCAAUGGGGCCAUGAACGCGCUGGAGGUAUUCAUGUCUAGCCUGGAGGAGUUCCAGCCUGACCUGGUGGUCCUCUCUGGCUUGCACAUGAUGGAGGGACAGAGCAGCGACAUCCAGAGGAAGAGGCUCUUGGAGGUUGUCACUUCCAUUGCUGACAUCCCCACGGGGGUUCCAGUUCACCUAGAGCUGGCCAGCAUGACAAACAGGGAGCUCAUGAGCAGCAUCAUGCAGCAGCAGGUCUUUCCUGCAGUGACUUCCCUAGGGCUGAACGAACAGGAGCUGCUGUUCCUCAGCCAGGCAGCGUCGGGACCUCACGCCUCGCUGCGUUCUUGGAAUGGUGUUCCCGAUGUGGGCAUGGUCAGUGACAUCCUCUUCUGGAUCCUGCAGGAACACGGGAGGAGCAAAGGCCGAGCCUCGGACCUCACCAGAAUCCAUUUUCACACUCUAGUCUACCACAUUCUGGCCACAGUGGACGGGCACUGGGCCAACCAGCUGGCAGCCGUGGCGGCUGGAGCGCGUGUGGCCGGGACCCAGGCCUGUGCUACCGAAACCAUUGAUGCCAGCCGCGUGUCUCUGAGGGCACCCCGAGAGUUCACAACUUCCCAUUCGGAGGGGGGCUCUAGGGUUGUGCUAAACCCAAACAAGCCUGUGGCUGAGUGGCACCGUGGGGGUGUGUCCUUCUACUUCACACCGGUGCUAGUGUGCAAGGACCCAGUUCGAACCGUGGGCCUUGGGGAUGCCAUCUCAGCUGAAGGCCUCUUCUACUCAGAGGUCCCCUCUCUGGCCUAGGAGGGCAGUGGGGAAUCCUGUCAGGCUGAGCACUGGCCAACCAAGGGACUGCAGGAGGCAGGCAGCUUGGAAAACAGGAUCCAGGGUCAAGUCCAGACCUAACUGGAAGACAGCCAAAGAAACAGCCGCAGCUUCCGCUGUGCAGAUACAUUCCAGCCUGCAGGCAGGCCCGUCGGAGCAUGUCGGGUUUGAACCAAGAUUUAGCUCUUUCUUACUAAGACUGGGAUUUCGUUUAUGUUGUAUGUUGUAGGAGUGAAAGCUUCAAUUCCCAAAUCUCCACCUUUGCAGUGUCACCCAGUAUUUUAAGCCAAACUUCUUCUCCUGGGAGAGCUGUCAGGCAGAGAAAGUACCCUGCACACUGGGAAGCACUCGGUACCUCCCCAGUGCACAAGGCUUCCACUGAACAGGAUAGCGACAAUAUUUAGUGAGCACACCUCUGUGGUCUUUUGCUCUCAGACCUAGGUCAUGGCCAUAAGUACAGAGAGGACAGUCCCUCCCUCCCAUGCUUUGAUGCAGAAGAAACAGGACCUCUGUGGAGCCUCCGAGCUGGUCACCUUGCAGGUGUCUAUAAGUCUGAGUGCCACUUCGAGCUGAGGGAUGGGACUUUCCUGCUUCGGCUCCCUGGAUCAGAGGCUGCUGAGUCUCCCCACCCAGCUUGGCUGUGCUUUCUGCAACAGAAGCCUGAUACCACAUCUUUCUGAGCCUCGAAGGAGUUUGCUUUUACAACUGGAACGUACAUCUGUGUGUAACAGACCAUGUAUGUUUCACUGUUUCAGCUUGUCAUUGAUGCACCCAUUAAAGUUUGACCUCAAAAGAGCUCUGGGAUCAUGAAUAACUGUCAUGGUAUAUAUUUAUUUUUUUAAAAGUCAAGACUUCUGUGUGCUUUUAAAAAUAUUAAAAACAAUGUACAUUUCACAA